ACUGAUUCUAAGUGUAUUGCAAGUGUGACAGUGGUUUAGAACGAUUACAGACGUCCGUUGCAAUGCAAUUUCGAUUUGACAUUUCUUUGUUUUUUUCUUAAAGAAGAUUAUUAUAAAUAACCAAAAUGGCAACAGCUAAAAUGUGGUGUCUCAUCUCGCAACCGAAUUCCGUUGUUCUUGAUGUAGAAGUGGAUCAAAGAGCCAAUGGACAGGAAUGCUUAGAAAAGGUCUGUGAAAAGCUUGGAAUAGGCUAUUCAGAAAAGGAUUAUUUUGGCCUUCAAUAUAGAGGGAGCAGGGGAGAGAAUUUGUGGCUGAAUAUGAGAAACCGAAUUGACCGACAGUUGUCUGGUCCACAGCCCUUCAGAUUCCAGCUGAGAGUCAAGUUCUUUGUCCAGCCUCACAUGUUAUUGCAAGAUACAACCAGACAUCAAUUUUAUCUGCAAGUGUACCUUGAGCUAAAGACCAAAAGACUGUUGGUAUCUGAUGAAGAACAUUUGGUAGGAAUCCUGGCCCUAAUAGCACAAGCGGAACAUGGCAACCAAGUUAACAGCGAGCAGCAAGUCCUUUACUACCAAAAUCUGAUCCAAGGGAUUGCCUCCCCUUCAUCAGAGAUCCUCACAGAUUUAGCAUACAAGCAUAGCAGUUAUAGAGGUAUGCCAAGACAGUCUGCGGAGUAUAGAGUUGUCCAAGAGGCAUCCGUACUGCCAGGGUACGGCAUGGAGUAUCAUGAGGCCAAGAAUGUAAAUAAUGAGGAUAUCUGUGUUGGUGUUGGACCAGAAGGCGUGGUCAUUUAUGACACUAACAUGACUGAGAUUUCCAGGUUCCCCUAUGCUAUAGUCCAGAAGGCCAUUCACAACAGCAAAAGGUGCUUGCUGUAUGUUUUCACAGAAGAUGGAGAGGUAACGCAUGAGGAAUUUAAGAUGGUCAGCUGUAAGGCAGCCAUUUCCCUAUACAGGAGUAUCACAGAGAUGCACACUUUCUUUAGGUGUGACACUAUCAAUACGGAGGUGUUUUCUCAAGUCAGUCAGGACCUCAAGGGAGUACUGGCCUCCAUAUUCCUCAAAGACAAUAACUCUGUCGGUAUGAAUUAUGUUUUCGAUGUUCAGCACACGUUCAGAGAAGUCUAUGACAGCACUAAGAGGAAGAUGUUUAUGUCGCAGCAUAACCUUGAUGACCAAGGUCAAGGUCACUCAGAAUCAGAUAUGGAAACGACCUGUGAAAGACAAGAAAUCUCAGAUAAUUGUGAGGAAUAUAAGACACAGUUGGAAAAGAUCCAGGAAUCUUUUUUAUGUCGAGUGUGCAUGGACAAAGAUAUUUCUACAGCUCUUUGCCCCUGUGGUCACAUGAUCUGUUGUAACCAGUGUGCCGAAAGACUAGAAGAAUGCCCUGUGUGUCGGACUGCUAUAAACACUAUACAAAACGUGUUCUUUCCCACUCCCAUUGCAUCCUCGAGUAGGUAGCAGUGAUGGAACAGAAACACAGAGAGUGGCUGUGAUACGGGGAAGAUUGGUGCGAAAGCAAAAAACUGCCAGAUCAAUGCAAUAGAUACUUUGUGAUUUUAUCAUGUUUAAUUUUACCCGGGAUGUGUGCAUAUAAAUACGUUCAUUUUCAUUUCUUUUUUUCAUGAUGUUCGAAGUCAAGUUUUUGCCAUAUUUCAUUGAAAUCAUCUUUUUCCUCAUUUACUUUACAAGUACAUACCCAAUGUUUAUCUCAAAUCAUACAGUCAUACAUGUACAUUACAAUCAACAACCUCAUUGAUGAUUAUUUUUAGAUGAUAAUUUGUAAAUUUUGAGCAUUCCUUAUUUUAUACAGAUUGUCUCAAAAUUUCUUCAUUAUGAGCUUCACUAAACAUUAUUUGAGGAACUUCGUUUAUAUUUAUAUGAAUAUGUUGGGAGGGAACAUAACUGACAAAGAUUUUAAUUUUAUUUGUUAAAGGAGAUUCAAAAAAUGUAUUUUUGGUACUUCAAAAUUUCUAAAUUGGUAAAAUGUGUUAAGUGAGUGGUUGAUUGGAUAAUAAGCUUACUUUUAUUUUGAUAAGUUUAUCAUUAGUUGAGGGAAGGUGUGGGAUCAAAGACUACCUCUGUUUUCAACUUAAAUACUUAGAUUGUCCGGAGAGAUUCAAAACAGAUUGAAUGAAAGUUGGUGGCUAAAAUAUAACACAUAUCUAGUGAUAAUUUCCAUGUAUUCUCUAUGUUAUUCUCACAUUAAGGAUCUUUAUUUGUCAUUAUCUCAUUUUGUCCCAUUCAGGUUGUUCUUUUGAACUUCCUGGUAUAUUAACUUAUUAUUAAUUUUUCUUUUCCUGUAUUUUUUUUUCUUUUUUAACUCUUUACAAGUUAUUCUAAAGUCCUAAGAAAGGUGACAUUAUAGUUGCCAUAAUUGUAGCAUACAAAUAUUAUAGAGGAACUUUAGUCCCAACUUGUGUAUUUCUUUGUAUAGUUUAAGUAUUCACUUUCUGACUCACAGGGUAUACUGCCAGUUCAUUGUAUAAUCUUGAGUGAUAUUAAAUGCAGCACAUGUACUGAUAUUGGAAGAGCAUUGAAAUUUGAUAUUAAAAAUCAAAGUCAGCAUUAAAAAUAUUAUAUAAAUAAAAAUUCUGGUCUAUGUAAAUGCACACUGUUAACAUAUUCAACAUGUUCAAAUGUAAAAUAUAUUUAUUAUUUAAAUUUUUCCAGUUGGAAAUUGCACCAAUAUGCAGCAGUUAAGAUAUAAAACUUGUGCACUAGAUAUAUUGUUAUUAUGCAAUAAAUAUUCAAUUCCUCGUGAUUAUGCAAUAGAAAAUCACAGAUUUCUCAUUUUUCACCUCUCACUUCAUAUAAAAUAAAAUUCUGCUUUUUUAAUCUGUAUGGUUGUAAAUGACAGUGUGUAGACGAGUAUUGUAGAUCACAUUUCAUUCAUGAAAACUUGAUUGCAGUUGAACUUCGGUAUCUCAAACAUUAAUAUCUUGAAUACUAUGGAUGUGUUGAAGUGAGCUGGAAAUCCCAAUGACUCUUUGUGUAUUUUACCCUCGAUAUCUCAAAUUCUCAGAUAUUGAAUCCAUUGAGAUCGAGAUACUGAGGUUUGACUGUAUUUGUUCAGAAUGUGAAACUAAACAAGGGGAAGAAACUCUGGUCUCCAAAAUAAAUGGAAUGCUCUUGUCUCAAAAAUAAAAAAAAAUAAAGUCAUGUGAAAUGUGAUUAACAAUAUUAGUUCAGUAAAUGAGAGCACUGUAUGAAAGUUUUGUUAUUUGUUGAUUCUGUUUAAGAGGUUCUCUGUGUGUAUGGUUGUUGUUAUAUUGAAUGAGUAUGGAGGACUGACAGAAUGGCAUUAUAUAUAUUGUAUAUAGUGGAUGUUUCAAGAGAAUAUGUAAAUAAUGUAGAUCAAAAUUUGAUAGGAGAGGACAAAGAGUAUCAAAACUUCAAAUUCUAUUUUUAUGGUCUUUUUUCUGGAUAAAAAAAUCUAAGAAAGGAAUAAUUCUUUGUAUGUACAAGCCCUGGUUUUGAUUUUAGUGAGCUUAUGUUAAUUUAGUAGGGGUAUAGUGAAUGCCAAAUAUUUGAAUUGUGUUGUGUAUGUGUACAUUAUAUUUCACAUCAUUUUGCAUUCAGUUGGUGUUGAGGCUUUUGCUAGAUAUUUUCAUUGUCAAAGAUGUAAUUUAUGUAUCAUCAGGAUGAACAAAACCAAAGUCACUGCUAACUGCCAUAGAAUUCAAAGCUGCCUGAAGUUUUAUUAUUUUUUUUCUGUUUUACCUUUUGGUGAUCAGGCAAUAUUACAAAUAAUCAGACUUCAGCUUUAUUGGAAAUACAUCCAUCAUCAAGGAAGAUGAUUUUUGUUUUCUCAUUUUUUCCAUCUUACUUGUAACUACCGGUAAUUUUGAAAAUGAAGAUGAAAUUGUCUUUUUCCAAUUUUGCUGGAAUGAAAUGCAGGACGGAUUUUUAGUUUCAUUUUAAUGAGUUGAGAUAUUGAUGUUAUGAAAUUGUUUUGUUAUUUUAAACAUAAUGUAGCAUUGCUUUGUAGAGGAAAAUAAGUGUCUUUCAAUUAUGUACAAGUACAAACUGACAGAGAGAAAAAAUCCACAAAAAUAAUAAAGUUAUUUUAAAAGUG